AUGGACCAGUUCCACGACGGGCACCACGUGCGGCUGCGGAACCUCGUGCAGCGCACCUACCUCCACGCCGCCGACGACGGGGUGGGCGUCACGCUCCACGAGCGCCGCGCGUCCAUGAACGCGGCGUGGGCGGUGCAUAUUUACCACGGCGGAGACGGCGAUGGAGACGGCGACGGCCAGAGCCUGCUCCUCCACAGCGCCGCCUACGGCCGCUACCUUGCCGCCGCGGCCAGGCCGGCACGGCUCGGCCACAGAGGCCUCCGCGCGGAGCUGAGCGACUACGACCUUCCGGAGGUGGAGGCCAUCGUGUGGCGGGCCGUCGGGUCGGGCUUCGAGGACGACGUCGUCCUGCUCCGCCACCUCGGCGGCCGCUACCUCCGCGCCAACGGCAAGUACCUCCCCUGGAACUCCUCCGGCGUCAGCGUCGACGACGACGCCAGCCCCAUGAUGUACUGGGUCGUCGAGCCCAUCCCUUUCAGAGAGGCGGGCAUGCCUGCCAUUCCUGGUCCGCUUCCGACUCGCCCAAGAUGCCUCUCCGCCAUAUUCGGUUCUCCCGGACGGCGGAUCCUGUUCGUGCGGGCGCUCGAGGACGGGUUCUACCCCGAGGAGGUCGACGGCUGGCGCCUGUUCUUGUUCAAGGGGAGGUCCGUGUUCCGCCUGAGGGACGACCUGGCGUUCCGCGUCGCUGCCGGCGUGGACGACCCGAACAUCGCCAUGUGCGUCCGAGCGGGCCGCUACGGGAGACUGACCCCGCUCGUCGUCGACCUGCCCCAUGGCGGCUACGGCGAGGGCGAGACCCUCGAGAUUGUCGUUUUCCUGGCCGGGACACCUGCCUACAAUGCGCUGCGAUACCCGGAUGUCGAUGCAUAGUAGAGGAAGAUCAGAGCGGGAGUCCUGACAGUUCACUUUUUGACAAGUUUCGCUGCCUCGGAUUUGAUGGCGUCAACUUUUGCCUAUAGAUGGAUAGAUACAGAUUCAGAAAACUCAGCAGGUCUUGAUUCAGAACUACUGAAAGUGUUGCGACCAUUGGCUGAACAAUUUUGUAGUGGUGCUGGAAUGUAGUAGCUGCUCUAACAUUCAUCGUGUGAUAUGAUUGCCACGGCUUCAUAGACAAACCGUUUCACCGUAGGGUACUUGCAAUGAGUUGAUGGUCCUGCAAUAUUUUUUGAUCGUGCAUUUCACGUAACGGAAAAUGCAGUAGUUUUUGCAAUGAGCUGAUGGUCCUUCAUUCCUUUUAGAAAUGAAGAAUGCAGA